AGCCGCAGGAAUUAGAUGUUGGGAGACGCCAUGAAAUACAAUUUACGUUGUAAUCGGAACAUCAGCGAGAAGAUGACGAAAAAAGACUUUGUAUACGACAUUCGUCCACCGAUUCAAAGUUCCAGGAAGUUGGAAGAAGGAAAAUAUCCAGUCGUAUUACCGCUACAGCUCCGAAAAAAGCAAUGCACCGAUUCGAAAAUGCCUCAAUACACUGUUAUUUCGGAAAAGAACGAAUACAACGAAAACGACGAUGGAAUAAAUUUGUCAGAGCAACGAGCCUUGAAAUUUGAGUGCAAUUUCUGUCACGAACAAAUUGCUACACUGCUGUCAUUAUCCACCCACAUUAAAUUUCAUCGGCGCACAUAUUGCAAGUACUGCUAUUGGAUACUGCCGGAGAACGAAACGAUGGAGGAGCAUAUCGAAAAUACUCAUCGAAUCGAUCCAGAAUGAUUGACAGCCGUGACGUCGUUGUCAUUCAUGAAAUUCAUGGUAAAAGAAGCUCGAUGGACAACGAAACUUCCUUGCGCGAUAUAUCUCUGAACGAGGAAUACAUUCUUGACAGAACCGAUAUCA